AUGUCUGCCAACGGUACAGCGACCCCAGACCAUGAGGAUGGCGGUCACCACGAGCACUCGGUCCACCAGCGACUGAGAGCCAAUUCCACCAUCAUGCAGCUCAAGAAGAUCCUUGUCGCCAACCGAGGUGAAAUCCCCAUUCGAAUCUUCCGUACCGCCCACGAGCUCUCCCUCCAAACUGUCGCUGUCUUCAGCUAUGAAGAUAGACUGGGUAUGCACAGACAAAAGGCGGAUGAAGCAUACAUGAUCGGAAAGCGAGGACAAUAUACUCCAGUCGGCGCAUAUUUGGCCGGUGACGAGAUCAUCAAGAUUGCUUUGGCCCAUGGUGUCCAGAUGAUCCAUCCUGGUUAUGGUUUCUUGUCUGAGAACGCCGAAUUUGCUCGCAAAGUCGAAGAGGCCGGCAUCAUCUUUGUUGGUCCAUCUCACCAGGUCAUUGAGUCCCUUGGAGACAAGGUCUCGGCCAGAAGACUAGCUAUGAAGUGCGACGUCCCGUGCGUGCCAGGUACCGAGGGCCCCGUCGCCAGGUUUGAGGAAGUUAAAGCCUUCACCGACCAAUACGGCUUCCCCAUCAUCAUCAAAGCUGCCUUUGGUGGUGGUGGCCGCGGUAUGAGAGUUGUCCGCGACCAGGAGAGCUUGAAGGACUCCUUCGAGCGUGCCACUUCCGAGGCCAAGUCUGCCUUUGGCAAUGGCACAGUCUUCGUCGAGCGUUUCCUAGAUAAGCCUAAGCACAUUGAGGUUCAGUUGUUGGGCGACAACCACGGAAAUGUGGUCCAUCUGUACGAACGAGACUGCAGUGUCCAACGACGACAUCAGAAGGUGGUGGAAAUUGCUCCUGCCAAAGACCUGCCAGCCGAAGUCCGAGAUGCCAUUCUCAACGAUGCAGUCAAGCUUGCAAAGUCUGUCAAUUAUCGCAACGCAGGUACCGCCGAGUUCUUGGUCGAUCAACAGAACCGGUACUAUUUCAUCGAGAUCAACCCCAGAAUUCAAGUGGAGCACACAAUCACCGAAGAGAUUACAGGCAUCGACGUCGUGGCUGCCCAGAUCCAGAUUGCCGCAGGUGCUACUCUUGAGCAGUUGGGCCUCACUCAGGAUCGCAUCUCCACUCGAGGCUUUGCCAUUCAGUGUCGUAUCACCACUGAAGACCCAUCCCACGGUUUCUCUCCAGAUACCGGCAAGAUCGAAGUCUACCGGUCGGCUGGUGGCAACGGUGUGCGUCUCGACGGUGGUAAUGGGUUUGCUGGUGCUAUCAUCACCCCUCAUUAUGACUCUAUGUUGGUCAAGUGUACCUGCCACGGCUCGACUUACGAGAUUGUGAGACGCAAGAUGCUCCGAGCUCUGGUCGAGUUCCGCAUUCGUGGUGUCAAGACAAAUAUUCCUUUCUUGGCCUCACUUCUGACCCAUCCAGUCUUCAUUGAGGGAACCUGCUGGACCACCUUUAUCGAUGACACUCCAGAGUUGUUCAAGUUGAUUGGCAGUCAGAACCGUGCUCAGAAGCUGCUACAAUAUCUUGGAGACCUUGCCGUGAACGGUAGCAGCAUCAAAGGCCAAAUCGGCGAAUCCAAGUUCAAGGGCGACAUCAUCAUGCCAACAAUCCUCGACGAUAGCGGCAAAGAAAUCGAUGUCACGACCCCUUGCACCAAGGGAUGGAAGAACAUCCUUGACAAGGAAGGACCUGCUGCUUUCGCCAAAGCCAUUCGAGCAAACAAAGGUUGUCUCAUCAUGGACACCACCUGGAGAGACGCCCAUCAAUCUCUUCUGGCCACUCGGGUCCGAACCGUCGACUUGUGCAACAUCGCCAAAGAGACCAGCUACGCUCUCAGUAACGCAUUCGCUUUGGAAUGCUGGGGCGGAGCUACCUUCGACGUCGCCAUGCGUUUCCUGUACGAGGACCCAUGGGACAGACUUCGAAAGAUGAGAAAGCUGGUUCCCAACAUUCCCUUCCAAAUGUUGCUGCGUGGCGCCAAUGGUGUCGCCUACAAAUCACUCCCCGACAAUGCUAUCUACCACUUCUGUAAACAAGCCAAGAAGAACGGCAUGGAUAUCUUCCGAGUUUUCGACGCCCUCAACGACGUUGAUCAACUCGAAGUUGGUAUCAGGGCUGUGCAAGAAGCAGGGGGAGUCGUCGAAGCGACCGUGUGCUAUUCAGGAGACAGAACGUAUAAUCUUCCCUUUACCAACCCAAAGAAGAAGUACAAUUUGCAGUACUACCUCGACCUCAUCGAAAAGAUCAUGCAGCUACACCCACACCUGCUCGGGAUCAAGGAUAUGGCUGGAGUGCUCAAACCCAAGGCAGCCCGAAUCCUGGUCGGUGCUAUUCGCGAAAAGUACCCGGACCUUCCAAUUCAUGUGCAUACUCAUGACUCUGCUGGAACUGGUGUCGCUUCGAUGGUUGCCUGUGCUGAAGCUGGCGCUGAUGCAGUGGAUGCUGCUUCCGACAGCAUGUCAGGCAUGACCUCACAACCAAGCAUUGGCGCUAUUCUUGCUUCACUGGAAGGCACUCAGUACGACCCCGGCUUGAACGGCCACAAUGUUCGUGCCCUCGAUCAGUAUUGGUCGCAGUUGAGACUCCUUUACUCCCCCUUCGAGGCGGGGUUGACCGGACCAGACCCUGAGGUUUACUCCCACGAAAUUCCAGGAGGACAAUUGACCAACCUGAUCUUCCAAGCAUCUCAACUUGGUCUGGGUGCACAAUGGCUCGAGACCAAGAAAGCCUACGAACAAGCCAACGCUCUUUUGGGCGACAUUGUCAAGGUCACUCCCACAUCCAAAGUCGUGGGUGAUUUGGCGCAAUUCAUGGUCUCCAACAAACUCAGCUACGACGAUGUCAUUGCCAAAGCCAAAGAUCUGGACUUCCCAGAAUCGGUCUUGGAAUUUUUCGAAGGCUUCAUGGGUCAACCAUACGGCGGCUUCCCAGAACCACUCCGAAGUGACGCUCUACGAGGCCGUAGAAAGAUGGACAAGAGACCAGGACUGUAUCUUGAUCCUGUUGACUUUGCUAAGGUGAAGCAAACCCUGAAGGAGAAAUACAACACCUCCUCAGAGACGGAUAUUGCCAGUUACGUCAUGUACCCCAAGGUGUUUGAGGACUACCGCAAAUUCGUCGACAAGUAUGGUGACAUGUCAGUCUUGCCCACGAAAUACUUCUUGAACAAGCCUGAGAUUGGGGAGGAAUUCCACGUUGAGCUGGAGAAGGGCAAGGUUUUGAUCUUGAAGCUGCUGGCCAUUGGACCUCUCUCGGAAGCCACUGGACAACGUGAAGUGUUCUACGAAGUCAACGGUGAAGUCCGACAAGUGACCAUUGAUGACACCAAGGCCGCCGUGGAGAACACCAGUCGACCCAAAGCUGAUCCCAGUGACAGCAGCCAAGUUGGUGCACCGAUGGCUGGCGUUGUGGUUGAAGUCCGAGCCAAGGAAGGACAUGAUGUGAAGAAGGGCGAUCCAAUCGCUGUGCUAAGUGCGAUGAAGAUGGAAAUGGUUAUUAGUGCACCACAUUCUGGUAAAGUCGGAGAUAUACUUGUCAAAGAGGGUGACUCUGUUGCAGGUUCUGAUUUGGUUUGCAAGAUCCAGAAGGCAUGA